AUGCCCCCCACGCCCACUACCACGCCCCCACGCGCCCAGCACUACCACGCCCCCACACCACCACAGCCAUGCCCCCACGCCCCGGUACCACACCCUUACGCCUCCACCACCAUGCCCCCACGUCUCCACCACCAUGCCCCCCUACGCCCCACUACCACGCCCCCACGCCACCAUUACCAUGCCCCCACGCCCCGGUACCACACCCCUUACGCCUCCACCACCAUGCCCCCACGUCUCCACCACCAUGCCCCUACGCCCACCACCACGCCCCCACGCCACCACAUUACCAUGCCCACGCCCCGGUACCACACCCCUACGCCUCCACCACCAUGCCCCCCACGUCCCCACCACCAUGCCCCUACGCCUCCACUACCACGCCCCCACGCCACCAAUACCAAUGCCCCCACGCCCCGGUACCACGCCCUUACGCCUGACUACCACGCCCCCACGCCUACACUCCCCAUGCCCCCCACGCCACCAUUACCAUGCCCCCACGCCCAAAAGCACGCCCUUACGCCUCCACUACCACGCCCCCCACGCCUCCCCCACUCCUCCAAUACCACGUCGACAAACAAUCUCAGAGCACUGUCUACACGCACCCGGGUCAUUGUCGACACACUUAAACCACUGUUGACACACUCUCAUCACAUUACCGACACACUCUCAGGUCAAUGUCGACACACUGUCAUGUCAGUGUCGGCAACAGAUCGAUGCAUAUACAGGUGA